AUGUUUAAACCGUCAAAAGAAGGUUCAUUCAAAUCAAGAAUAGUUAAUUAUUAUGGUCAAAACAUUCAAUUAUUUGAGAAACUAAAAUUAUAUAAAGAGAAAUUGGGAGAUUUAUUAUUCUAUCCUUCAGAAUCAAUAAUUAAACAACAUUUCAUAGAAGAUACAAAACAAUUAAAUACCAUACCCAAUAAUCAACUAAACAUUAAAAAUCUACUAUUAAAACCAGUUGAUUUAGAUUAUGUUAAUUUUAGAUUCAAUUCUAAUAAAGAAAUUAACCUCAAAUUAAACAAAGAAACCAUAGACAAUAUAAAACUAGAACAUGAUCACCCCGCCAAUUUGAAGUCACAACUUAAAAGAAAUGCUCAUAUUUUAUCAACUGGAGGCACAAUCACAUCUCAACAAUGGCUACCUAGACCAAUCAAUUCCAAUUCAAAUAUCAGUUAUUUAGCAGUUUCAAUUUUUAAUAAUCCCAAUGGUAUUGAAGAUAUGUUUAAUCCAGAAUUACGAGUGUUUAAAAAGAUAAAAUCAGAUUUUAAAAUUAAUUCAGCUGUACAGAUCUGGGAGUAUAAUUUAGAAACAAAUACAAUUUCAUUAAAAAAUGUAUUAAUUACAACUCAUUAUGGAUCACCGAUUGAAAUUAAAUGGGUUCCUAUAUAUACAGAAGAUAAUGUUUUGGGAGUUUUAAGUGGAGUUUUCACGGGUGGAGAUGUUCAUUUUUUUAAAAUUGAUGAUAAUUUGCCUAAAUAUUCUGUGGUUGAAAACAGUUCAUUCACAUAUAGUUCAAAUAAUGAAAUUGAUGAGGAAAUUUCCAAUAUCUGUUGUUUUGAUUUCAUGGGCGAUUCCAAAAUGUUAAUUGGUUUAGAUGAUGGAUAUAUAGCAGAAUAUCAAUUACCAUUUAAUAAUUCAGAAUCAGAAUCAGAGUUAAAUAUACCCAAUUUUAAAUAUUAUCUUUCUGAUGGUAAUGUUUCUUCAAUAUUAUCAUGUGAGACAAAAACAGGAGAAUAUUUAAAUGUGAUAAACACUCAUGGAUUAAGAUCUUAUGAAUAUUCACUGAUUAAUCCAAUACAGGAUGUUUUUACUCCCUUAGUUUUUAAAACUGUUGUUAAACCUAGUUUUAAUUAUUUUUUACAGAGUUAUAUUGCUAGUAAUACAUUUGAUACUAAUAAUUUAGUACAAUUGAAAAUGCCAAUGGAUACUCAAGCAUCAUAUAUACGUGGUGAUUUUUAUCUUAGUUGUUCUGAAUUAUCAAAUAUAAUAAGUCAUCCAUUUUGUUUAAUUGGUGGGAGUGAUGGUGGAAUUUCAAUUCUAAAUGUAUUUAGAAGGUUAAGUGGUCAAAAGGCAAGUCAUAAAUUUACUAUUCCUUUAAAAUUAUGGAAAUUUGCAAUUAAUGAAGAAGAAAAAUUGAGUUUAGAAGCUGCUUUUGAGAGUUUCCCUGUUGAAAAUCCAAAAGGUCCAAGUUUGGAACGUCCUGAAGUUAUUGUUAGUAGUUUGAGUUGGAAUUGUAAUGUUACUGGCUCUUCUGUUUAUUCUGCUGGUACUGCUUCUGGAAUAUUAGUUAUUGAAAGAUUGGAUCCAGAAUAUAAUUAA